AUAAGACCCAUCACCCCACCGAUCGUAAUCUCUUGCCGAAACUUCAUUUAUAUCUCUCAUUAGCUAUGAAAUUGAAGUGAAAACCUAUCGUCAAUACUCUCGAAGAUCAAGAACAAGAAGCUACUCGUCUCAGAAACGCAAGGAUUUGGUGAUUUGCUAUAUCAAAGGCUGACCCAUUACGUGCAACUUGGUUUUCCUAGCUGUGGAGUCGCCUAAAGUCCAAGAUAGGAAUAGAAAAGUCUGGCGGCUUAGCUCAAAAUUCUUGACGUCAGGCUGUGGCAAUCGGCUUCAGAGGCCAUCUCCAUUUCAUUUUCUUGCAUUAUUGACGAAAUGUCUCGAAUUUGAGUCGACAAUGAUUUGUUGAGCUGGUGAGGGACUGUAUCAAUUACCCGAACAAUGGAUAUCAGAUUCUCCUUGCUUUUCUUUGUAGUUUCUGUAUCUGCUAUUUGGGCUCAACACGUAGAACAUGCUAGAAUUGUGAUCAAUGCUAAUGAAAAAGUUGCAGAAACUGACUAUAAUUUCAUCUGUGCUACCAUUGAUUGGUGGCCUCAUGAUAAGUGUGAUUACAACCACUGUUCAUGGGGGUACUCGUCCGUCAUCAAUUUGAACCUAUCUCAUCCUCUUUUUGCCAAGGCAAUUCAAGCUUUCCACAAUUUAAGGAUAAGAAUAGGCGGCUCUUUGCAAGACCAGGUAUUGUAUGAUGUCGGAAGCUUGAAAGUCCCGUGCCGUCCAUUUCAAAAGAUAAGCUCCGGGUUAUUUGGUUUUUCUAAAGGAUGUUUACACAUGAAUAGGUGGGAUGAACUAAACCAUUUAUUCACCAGGACAGGAGCCAUUGUGACAUUUGGCUUGAAUGCGCUUCAUGGGAGGCACAAAAUCGGUAAAAUUCAGUGGGGAGGAAAUUGGGACUCGAGUAAUGCUCGUGAUUUUAUGAAAUACACCAUUUCUAAGGGAUAUGCGAUAGAUUCGUGGGAAUUUGGUAAUGAACUGAGUGGAAGCGGUGUAGGCGCUAGUGUUGCUGCUGAACAGUACGGAAAAGACCUGAUCCAACUCAGGAGCAUCAUCGACGAGCUGUACCGUGAUUCCAGCUCAAAACCAUCACUUAUAGCACCGGGAGGAUUCUAUGAGCAGAAUUGGUAUGCAAAACUUCUCCAGGUUUCGGGAUCAAAUGUCGUCAAUGUCGUCACACAUCAUCUGUAUAACUUGGGUCCAGGAGUUGAUCCCAAUCUAGUGAAAAAGAUAUUGGAUCCCCAACACCUCAGCAGAGUAUUAGAAACAUUCAGUAAACUUGAUCAAACCAUCAAAACAUAUGGUCCAUGGGCUUCUGCCUGGGUUGGGGAAUCUGGAGGCGCCUACAACAGCGGUGGCCGUGAUGUAUCGAACAGAUUUAUCAACAGCUUUUGGUACCUUGAUCAGUUGGGUAUGGCAGCCAAGUACCGAACGAAAGUCUACUGUAGACAAUCAUUAAUUGGUGGAAAUUAUGGUCUUCUAAGCACCGGCACGUUCGUACCGAAUCCUGAUUUUUACAGUGCACUUCUAUGGCAUCGGCUUAUGGGUACUGGUGUUCUUGCUGUCAAUAGUGAUGCAUCUCCCUUCUUGCGCUCUUAUGCUCAUUGCUCAAAAGAAAGGGCUGGUAUAACUGCAUUGUUCAUCAAUUUAAGCAAUCAGACACACUUUGUAGUCAGCGUUCGGAACACGUUGACUGUCGAGGUGAGAAAGAUAUCCAAAAGGAGCUCUUUCAUGCAAGGUAUUAAGAGAACAGUAAGUUGGGUUGGAAACAAGGCAUCAGACUUGUCCAUAUCAAGAGAGGAGUAUCACUUGACACCAAAAGAUAGUUACCUUCAAAGCCAAACCAUGGUUCUAAAUGGUGUCCCAUUAGAGCUAACUGAAGAUGGAAGCAUUCCACAACUCAACCCUGUUCUUGUUGGUGUGAAUUCUCCAAUACUCAUAGCUCCAUUGUCCAUUGCUUUCAUAGUGUUCCCUAAUUUUGAAGCUCCAACUUGCAAAUGAUCUGUGAAGGCCUCAGUUUCCUUCUUCUUUGUUGCACAGUUUUCAAGUUUGUAUUGUCAAUCUGUAAGUUAUGCAUAAUUUGUGUGACACUUCCUCAUAUUUACUAAUUAUAUUUUCAUUUACUUAA